AGGCUCAGUAGUGUUCUAAGUUCUAACCGCACCGGACUGCUAGUUUGCACACACGGUCCGCAGAAAAAAACGGCAAGAUGCUGGUGUUACGGUACCUGGCAUCCUUUUACCACUAUGCCAACUACGAAGUCAGCGAUCCUCGGGUGAAUGGCUGGUUCCUGAUGGGUACACCGUGGCCCGGUGCGGUCAUACUCGGGCUCUAUCUGAUGUUCGUGCUCAAGUGGGGCCCAAAGUGGAUGGAAAACCGGAAACCGUUCCGCAUCGACAGCAUCAUCAAGUACUACAAUCUCGCGCAGGUCGUCAUCUGUGCGUACCUGUUCGUGGAGGGAUUACGGUUGGGUUAUCUACGGGGCUACAGCUUCCUCUGUCAGCCGGUUGACUACUCGGAGAACGAAGUGCCAACGAUGAUAGCGCGCCGUUGCUACUACUACUUCCUGGUGAAGGUGCUCGAUCUGCUCGACACGAUCUUCUUCGUGCUGCGGAAGAAGCAGAACCAGGUGAGCUUUCUGCACGUGUACCACCACACCGGCAUGGUGAUGUUGAUCUGGAGCGGCGUCAAAUGGUUCCCCGGUGGCCACGGGGUGUUUAUGGGCUUCAUCAACAGCUUCGUGCAUGUGGUCAUGUACUUUUACUACUUCCUCACCUCGGUUAGCCCCAAGUACAAGGGUAAUCUCUGGUGGAAGAAGUACAUCACUCAGCUACAGAUCAUCCAGUUCGGUAUGAUCUUUCUGCAGUGGUUCGUGCUACUGUUCCAGCCCAACUGCGCGUUCCCCAAGUGGCCUCUGUUCAUUAUUCUGCCGCAGAAUCUGUUCAUGUUCUGCCUCUUCCUAGACUUUUACUAUCAGGCAUACGUCAAGAAGGCCCCAACGAAGGUACCGGCACAGCAGCAUCGGCGGAUCUCGGCCAGUACGCCGCGGGCUGGCGUGGAGAAGCGUGCCGCUGCUGUCAAGUGAGCCGACACACCGGAGGUCACUUUGUAGUCGCGGUUUUGUGUUCGAGUUGUGUAAAAAAAACUACUAUUUAGCCAAUAAACGACGGAGCAGCGUGUGUAUGUCUGGUA